AUGGAAGGAGCUGUGGGUGUGUGGGCAUGGUGGCUGGGCCUCCUGUUCGGCGCUGUCCCGCUGCUCUGCCUCACCGUCUGGCACUCCACCGACGCGUGGCACUGCGCCGCCUUCGCUCUCAAACACGGCGGCCGUGGUAGCAAUGGCAUCCGGCGGCGCCUCCCGCCGGGCCACAUGGGGGUCCUCUUUCUUGGCGAGACGCUCUCGCUGCUCUGGUACUUCAAGCUGGCCCGCCGCCCGGACGACUUCAUCGGCGCCAAGAAGAGCGCAUACGGCAGCGGGGCGGGGAUCAUCGUCGCCUGCUCGCCGGCCGCGAACAAGUUCGUGCUCCAGUCAGCCGAAAGCUUCGGCAUCAGGUGGCCGGUGCCGGAGCUCGUCGGCAUCACGUCGGUGGUGACGUUUGCCAACAUCUGCAAGAUGUUCAUAAGCAUGGAGCCAUCGCCUUUGACAGACAAGAUCGAUCAGUGGUUCGGCGACUUGCUUUAUGGUCUGAGGGCAUACCCCUUUGAUUUUCCAGGGACAGCAUCUCACGGUGCUCGAAAGAGUCGCCGGAAGCUAGACGCGAUCUUCCGAGAGGAUCUGGAGGCAAGGAAGAAGGUGGACAAGCAAUGUGAUGAUCUAAUGGGCGGUCUGAUGCAGAUGAAGGACGAGCAUGGAAAGAAGUUGAGUAAUGAGGAGGUAGUGGAUAACAUUGUUUCCCUUGUCAUCGCCGGCUACGAGUCCACUACCAUCGCCAUCAUGUGGGCUGUCUACCACCUCGCAAAAUCCCCUAUCGUCCUUGCCAAGCUCCGAGAGGAGAAUAUAGCGAUGAGCAAAAGCAAAGGUGGGUCGACGUCGACAACUUUGAUGAUCACCCACACCGACAUCCCAAAGAUGAAGUACACAGCCAAGGUGGUGGAAGAGACAAUCCGGAUGGCCAACAUUGCCCCCAUGGUCCACCGUGUGGCGAACAGGGACGUGGAGUACCGCGGCUACACCAUACCAAAGGGGUGGGCUGUGCUGGUGUGGUUGAGAUCCUUGCACACUGAUCCCAAUUACUACGAGGAUCCCCUCUCCUUCAAUCCUAACAGAUGGGAUGAACCGGCUAAGGCAGGAACAUACCAGGUGUUUGGAGGUGGCCCUAGGAUCUGCGCAGGCAACAUGCUGGCCAGGCUACAGAUCACCAUCAUCCUGCAUCAUCUCUGCGUCGGCUACGAAUGGGAGUUGCUCAAUCCUGAUGCGGAGAUCAAUUACCUUCCACACCCAAGGCCAGUGGAUGGUGCAGCCAUGGCCUUUCAAUUUAUCCCUAGAAUGGGGGAAUCCUCCGUGAUCAUUGCACAUCCUUUGUGCAUAGAGCUCCCAUCGCAAGGCAUCUCUAAGCUCUCUCUUGAAACCACAACUGCCAUUUGGGGCGUAGUGGCAAGUAUUGCAAAGAAAAACUCUUUCUUUGUUUUAGUAGCACAAAAGAAGUGCUAA